AUUUUAUAACUUUUUUUAGGAGAACUUCAUUUUUUAUUGUACUUUUUUACAGUUUUUAAAGAGAGAUUUGGCCAGUAUUUAUGUGGAUGAAUUAGACAUGUCAGCUCUAGUUCCAGAGAGUGGUGUAUUAUGUUACAGUAAUAAUACAGUUGGUGCUAAUUUCUUGUCAACAUCAGGCAGUAUCAAGAAUUCAUGCUGUUUGAAGAGGAAAGUAUCAGAGGUGGCCUUCCAUCGUACUGGCUUAACAUCGCUUGGAUCAGUGGACAGUUUCAAGUCACUCUCGUCAUCAUUCCAGUCAUUCUAUGAUGAAGAUACAAUGUAUUCUGCUAACUCCAGUAUGGUAGAAACAUCUGCAAGUGCCUACGGUUUUGAAAGACAGAUAUCAGAGAUGUCAUCAGCCAGAGAUAGUUAUGAUACUGGUCCUGAAGAUUUAAUGUUUCCUAAUGAUUGCUCGUUUGAUCCAAAUAAUUACCUAGACCCCUCUGCUGCAGACUGGAAUAGUUCAUUACUGGACACUUUAAAAGCUGGGGAACCAUAUAACAGUACUGAUGUUGAAUCAAAGGUUGAAAAACCCACUAAAUAUGACUCGGCUCCUUCAAUAAACAAGUGUAAAGAUGAUUUGAGUAAACAUAGGAGUGAUUCUACUAUUUCUGAUUUCUAUAACAUUGAUAUUGAUAAAGAUUUGAAGUGUAAUGUUAAAGGAUGUGCAUGUGAUAAGACAAACAGAAAAUCUGCAGAGGAUAAAAGUAAGUGCAAUACAGAACAAACUGGUGCUAAAGAUAUAGAUUCCGAUUCUCCAAAUGAACAUAAUGAUAAUAACCAGGGCAAGUGCAAUGAUGAAUUAAAUGUAGAUAAAACCAGUGUGUUCAAUAUUGAUAGACCUACAGAUUUAGCAUUAAAUACAGAAUAUAUACAUGGUGACAAUGAAGAUAUAACACCUGUUAUGACCGACAGUACUUCUACACUGUGUGAUCAAAUUCCUGUGAUACAAAAAUGUGACAGUGCUAGUAUUAAAACUGUUGAAACAGACAACCAUACUGUUGAUGUUGAGAGUGGGCCCAAGGUAACAAAGGACGGUAGUGAUGAAAUUAAAAGUAUAUCAUCAGAACAAAACACAAAGCUUGAAAAUGAUACAAAAGGCUGUGUAAUUCAACAUAAAGCUGCCCAGUCAGAGAUUUCCUCUGAUAGUGGUUUAGAUAUUGAUAACAUCCUUGAAAAACAAACCAGUCUUGACUUUGGAAGUGUAAGUGAUAAAAGUUCAGAUAUAGAAUUUGGGGAGAAAACUGAAGAGUUACUAGGUGAUGGUUUCAGUCUUGACCAUGAUAAACAUGGAUACACUCUUUGUCAAGACAAUGUACCUCGAAGAACCUCUGUCUGUGAAAAUAUAUCAGCCAUGGAGGCAAAGAAAAGGAAGUGGAAAUUUAUGCAUCCAUUUAAAAACUUACAUGAUGGGGAAAACUCUGUUGGUCAUUCCUUACAGAAAGUAUUAGUAAAUUACAACAAUAUACAGCAUAUUGUGUUUAGUUUGUUGUCAGGGAGGCCAGUGGUUGUCAUGGGAACAAGAAGACAGGAAGUGACAAUCAGGGAAUUUAUUCAGGCAAUGUCUAUGUUUGUGCCAUAUACACCUAGGUCAAGUUCUGUGAGUUUGUUAUGCCAAAUAAAGCAGUUAAAGCUGUCAGAUAUGCACAAGUUUCAACUACGAGGGGUCAUCAGAUCUGAUAAACGUUCAAUUGACUACUUAAUACCCAAGUCAGUCAGGAGAUUCAUGACCUUCAUUGACCUAGAGAAGAAUGUUGUAUAUUGUCAACCUUACCAGGGCAUCUUACUAAACUUUAUUACAUCAAUACAUAACAAGAAGAAAACAUUUAAGUCUGAGGCUGCCAUUUUGACCUUCACACAACUGUGUUUACAGGAGAUCUCAAACAAGGCUUUCAGUUUCUACCAUACAGUCACUUCAAGUAAUGAGCAAAUAGAUUUUAUUGGUGCAUCUUUGCCUCAUAAGAAUUCCAUGCUGGAGUUGACAUUGGAGAAAUAUCUGAACAGAGCUGGUGUUCACAACUCAGAUUGUAGGAUUGUGAAGUAUCUGACAGAGAUUGUAAAACUGCAACAAAUAGAGGAAGAAUUCAGGAGCAAAUAUUUAACUGAUGCUCCAGCAUAUCCAUUUAGUGUUACACACCAGCCAAUGCAGACAUACAGACUGUGACCAUGAUUAUUGCAGGGAGAUACUUUCCAACCAUAAAACAUGUUGUACCAGUCUAUAUAUAUAGGGCUAAAUUGAUCUCCUAGGAAAAUGUAAAUGAUCAGAUCAUGUAAAAUAACUUGUUAGUCCAUAUACUGACACAUGUGACAAAUUGAGCCGCGUCAUGACAAAACCAACAUAA